GGCCGCUGCGCACUCGGCACUGGGCGGCGCUGGCUGGCUCCCUGGCUGCGGCUCCUCAGUCGGCGGCGGCUGCUGCUGCCUGUGGCCCGGGCGGCUGGGAGAAGCGGAGUGUUGGUGAGUGACGCGGCGGAGGUGUAGUUUGACGCGGUGUGUUACGUGGGGGAGAGAAUAAAACUCCAGCGAGAUCCGGGCCGCGAACGAAAGCAGUGACGGAGGAGCUUGUACCACCGGAGGAAAUGCCUAGAGGAGGGAUCUGAAGCCAGUAUCUCAGACCUGACGCUCGCUCCUGCUUCCUACCCUCUUUCUGAACCUGGCUGGUGCAGCUUGAGAAAAUCAGCUUUGUUACCACCUGCCCUCCUCGUUAGUAAAGGAAGAGUCACGAGAGGGACCAUUCCUAUUUCCUGUUAGGAAGACACACCCAAAGGAAGACUUUGCAUUUCUUCAUUGUUUGUUUUUUGAAGGUAACUAAUGACCAUGGAGUCUGGAGCAGACAACCAGCAGAGUGGAGAUGCUGCUGUGACAGAAGCUGAAAACCAGCAAAUGACAGCUCAAGCCCAGCCACAGAUUGCCACAUUAGCCCAGGUAUCCAUGCCAGCAGCUCAUGCGACAUCAUCUGCUCCCACUGUAACCUUAGUGCAGCUGCCCAAUGGGCAGACAGUCCAAGUUCAUGGAGUUAUUCAGGCAGCCCAGCCAUCAGUUAUUCAGUCUCCACAGGUCCAGACGGUUCAGUCUUCCUGUAAGGACUUAAAAAGACUUUUCUCCGGAACUCAGAUUUCAACUAUUGCAGAAAGUGAAGAUUCACAGGAGUCUGUGGAUAGUGUAACCGAUUCCCAAAAACGAAGGGAAAUUCUUUCGAGGAGGCCUUCCUACAGGAAAAUUUUGAAUGACUUAUCUUCUGAUGCACCAGGAGUGCCAAGGAUUGAAGAAGAAAAGUCGGAAGAGGAGACAUCGGCCCCUGCCAUCACCACUGUAACGGUGCCGACUCCGAUUUACCAGACCAGCAGUGGGCAGUACAUUGCCAUUACCCAGGGAGGAGCAAUCCAGCUGGCUAACAAUGGUACCGAUGGGGUACAGGGCCUUCAGACCUUAACCAUGACCAAUGCAGCUGCCACUCAGCCGGGCACCACUAUUCUACAAUACGCACAGACCACUGAUGGACAGCAGAUCCUAGUGCCCAGCAACCAAGUUGUUGUCCAAGCUGCCUCUGGUGAUGUACAGACAUACCAGAUUCGCACAGCCCCCACGAGCACUAUUGCCCCUGGAGUUGUUAUGGCGUCCUCCCCAGCCCUUCCUACACAGCCUGCCGAAGAAGCAGCCCGGAAGAGAGAGGUUCGUCUAAUGAAGAACAGGGAAGCAGCAAGAGAAUGUCGUAGAAAGAAGAAAGAAUAUGUGAAAUGUUUAGAGAACAGAGUGGCAGUGCUUGAAAACCAAAACAAGACAUUGAUUGAGGAGCUAAAAGCACUUAAGGACCUUUACUGCCACAAAUCAGAUUAAUUUGGGAUUUAAAUUUCCACCUGUUACGGUGGAAAAUGGACUGGAUUGGCCACAAACAGAAAGACAAAAUAAACAUUUAUUUUCUAGACAUUUCUUUUUUCUAUGCGCAAAACUGCCUGAAAGCAACUACAGAAUCUCGUUCAUUUCUGCUUUUGCAUUAAACUGUGAAUGUUCCAGCACCUGCUUCCACUUCUCCCUCAAGACAUGUGCAGCACCAGGAAUCAUGAAGAGACUUCUGCUCUCCGUCGCCCACCCUCCUCAAGAAGUAAUAAUGUCUUUAUUUGUAAAUUGUUGGGGAAAAUGAGAUCUUGGCUUUUGUUUUGUUUUGUUUUGUUUUGUUUUAGGUUUGGU